GGAAUGGAGGGCGAGGAGCAGAGGGCAGACGGCAGUCAGAGCGCCGGGCCGUGUCUCCGGCCGCCACCGUUCUCACACGCUGCCGGAUCUGGACGCUGCCCGGCGCUGCCCGGCGGUAUCUGGCAGGAAGCGCGGCAUUUGCUGGCGCUGGCGGGACCCGCGUUUCUGUCUCAGCUGAUGAAUUUCCUGAUCAGUAUCGUUAGCACCAUUUUCUGUGGUCACCUCGGGAAGGUGGAACUCGAUGCCGUCUCGCUGGCCGUGGCAAUGAUAAACAUCACGGGAAUAGCGGUGGGAGCCGGACUGGCGGGGGCCUGUGACACGUUAAUAUCGCAGAUCUACGGGGGAGGCAGUUUGAGGCUGGUGGGCACCGUCCUGCAGAGGGGGAUCCUCAUUCUGUUGCUCUUCUGCUUUCCCUGCUGGGCUUUGUUCAUUAACACACAGCCCGUCCUGCGGCUCUUCAGACAGGACCCCGAGGUGUCUCGAUUAACCGAGGUUUACGUCUUGAUCUUCCUCCCAGCGCUGCCGGCGGCUUUUCUGUACCAGCUUCAGGCCAAAUAUCUGCAAAACCAGGGCAUCAUUCUCCCCCAGGUGUUAACCGGAUUCAUCGCAAACCUCAUCAACGCCUUAACCAACUACCUCUUCCUGUACGUCCUGCGGCUGGGAGUGAUGGGCUCCGCCUGCGCAAACACCUUGUCUCAGUACGUCCAGAUGCUGUCGCUGUUCCUUUAUAUCGUCUGGAAGAAGCUUCACGUGGACACGUGGGGAGGGUGGUCUUCGGCGUGCUUUGAGGACUGGGGGUCUUUCAUUCAUCUGGCGAUCCCCAGCAUGUUAAUGCUUUGCAUCGAGUGGUGGACUUUCGAGAUCGGGAUCUUCCUGGCCGGGGUGAUCGGCGUGGUGGACCUCGGCGCGCAGGCGGUGGUGUAUCAGGUGGCCAACAUCGUCUUCUUGAUGCCGGUGGGGAUAAGCAUAGCGGCGGCGGUCAGGGUCGGCCACGCGCUUGGCGCUGGGGAUCUGGAGCAAGCGAAGAAAUCAACAGUGGUCUCCUUAUUGAUGACGGAAACGCUUGCUCUCUGCUGCUGCAUCCUCCUCCUCAGCCUGAAGGACGUGAUCGGCUACAUCUUCACGUCUGAUCAGGGGAUCGUGGCUCUGGUGGGCUACGUGCUUCCGGUGUACGUGGUGACCCACCUGUUCGACGGCUGCGUGGCCACGUGUGGGGGCGUCCUGAGGGGUACCGGGAGGCAGAAGAUCGGGGCCAUCUUCCACGCUGUCGGCUAUUACGUCAUCGGCCUCCCGGUCGGCAUAUCGCUGAUGUUUGCGGCACGGAUGGGUAUCAUUGGGUUCUGGAUCGGGGUCCUGCUCUGCGGGGUCUUACAGAGUAUCGCGUUCCUCACUUUCGUGUAUAAAAUCAACUGGAAAAAGGUGUCGGAGGAGGCUCAGUUCCGGGCUUUGCUGAGGAUAAAGACCACCGAGGAUCCGAAGAGAAAGCCAGCUGUGUAUCGGAGCACACCGCCGUCAGACGCUGCAGAAGGACCGGCCGAACCCGGCACCCCAGCUGACGAGACGAUCGGAGCCCCGCCGUACACCGUCACCCCACAGACCAGAACGCUGUCCAGAACGCAGCUGAUCCGGAGGCGCUCGCUGGCCCUCGUAGGGGCCGUAGCCAUACUAAUGAUCGGGAUUUUAAUAAGACUUACAGUGUGAACGGAUCGGGGGGAUUCCAGGAGCCGGGCUGAACAAACGAAGCCGUACGUUGCUGCCGGCCCGACAGGGAGAACAUUAAACGUAUGGAAUCCAGAGCCGACCAAUGGGAGCACUCAGUGGAUCCCAAAUGAUCUAGAAAUAUAAAUAUAUAUGGCGACAAAAUUUACAUUUCUGGGUUAUUUAGAGGUUUGGUUUCUCUGGAUACGCCGGCGAGCAGGCAUUCCGGAUCCCCCCCCCGGGGAAAGUCUAGAUUAUGGAAAGUGGGAAAACUUCUAGUUAUUAUAAACCGUCUUGGAAAACAAUUAGGUUCUCGAACACGGAGCCAGCGGAGAACGCGGGGGCUUCACACGGCUAUUAUUACAAAACCAGAGAUUUGGGAAAAAUUCCCUAUUUCCAUUUAUAAAAAUAAAUAAAACUCCGUGAAA